AUGACCAGCGACAGCACCUCAAAUGCUUAUGGACUGAAGAAACUAGAUGGACACAAGAGGAGAAAACAAGAGACUACACUGCACGACAGGAAGCACGCCGGGCGGGCUCAGCUGAGCGACGCCUACGAGCAGGAGCUGCGGGAGCUGCGGGGAGGCCUGGAGCAGGUGAGCCACGAGAAGGCGCAGAUCCAGCUGGACUCGGAGCACAUCGAGGAGGACAUCCAGCGCCUGCGGGAGCGCUUCGAGGAUGAGGCGCGGCUGCGCGACGAGACGGAGGCCACCAUCCGCGCCCUGCGCAAGGAGAUGGAGGAGGCCUCGCUGAUGCGGGCGGAGCUGGACAAGAAGGUGCAGUCGCUGCAGGACGAGGUGGCUUUCCUGCGGGGCAACCAUGAGGAGGAGGUGGCCGAGCUGCUGGCGCAGCUCCAGGCGUCCCAUGCCACGGUGGAGAGGAAGGACUACCUGAAGACCGACCUCACCACGGCGCUGAAGGAGAUCCGCGCCCAGCUGGAGUGCCAGUCCGACCACAACAUGCACCAGGCUGAGGAGUGGUUCAAGUGCCGCUACGCCAAGCUGACCGAGGCGGCCGAGCAGAACAAGGAGGCCAUCCGCUCCGCCAAGGAGGAGAUCGCCGAGUACCGCCGGCAGCUGCAGUCCAAGAGCAUCGAGCUGGAGUCGGUGCGUGGCACCAAGGAGUCGCUGGAGCGGCAGCUCAGUGACAUUGAGGAACGCCACAACAACGACCUCACCACCUACCAGGACACGAUUCAUCAGCUGGAGAACGAGCUUAGAGGAACAAAGUGGGAAAUGGCACGUCACUUGAGGGAAUACCAGGACCUCCUCAAUGUCAAGAUGGCCCUGGAUAUUGAAAUUGCUGCAUACAGGAAGCUACUGGAGGGCGAAGAGACAAGAUUCAGUGCCUUCUCUGGAAGCAUUACCGGACCCAUAUUCACACACAGACAACCCUCUGUCACAAUAGCGUCCACUAAAAUUCAGAAAACAAAAAUUGAACCACCAAAGCUGAAGGUCCAGCACAAGUUUGUAGAAGAAAUCAUUGAAGAGACAAAGGUAGAGGAUGAAAAGUCUGAAAUGGAAGAUGCCCUAGCAGCUAUUGCAGAGGAAAUGGCAGCCAAGGCCCAGCAAGAAGAACAGGAGGAAGAAAAAGCAGAAGAAGCAGCUGCAGAGGAAGAAAUUGUUUCUGAGAAGGCUGCUGCAGAACAAGCAGCUGCACCUGAGGAAGAAGAGAAGGAGGAAGAGGAAGCAGAGGAGGAAGAAGAAGCUGCAAAAUCUGACGCAGCGGAAGAAGGAGGUUCUGAAAAAGAAGAAAUAGAGGAAAAGGAAGAAGGGGAGGAGGCUGAGGAAGAGGGGGAAGAAGCUGAGGCCAAGGGCAAAGCUGAAGAGGUAGCAGCGAAGGUAGAGAAGGUCAAAACACCUCCCUCAAAGUCACCCCCCAAAUCCCCCCCCAAAUCCCCUGUAACGGAGCCGGCCAAGGCUGUCCAGAAAGAAACACCUGCAGAAGCAGGAAAAGAACAGAAGGUGGAGAAAGGUGUUGAGAAACCAGCCAAGGAGGAGGAGAAAGCAGCAUCUCCGGAGAAGCCAGCGACACCAAAGGUAACCUCCCCGGAGAAGCCUGCAACCCCAGAGAAGCCUGCGACGCCGGAGAAGCCUGCAACCCCAGAGAAAGCAGUGACCCUGGAGAAGCUGGCCACCCCAGAAAAGCCCCGUUCUCCAGAAAAGCCAGCGACCCCAGAAAAGCCCCGUUCUCCAGAAAAGCCAGUGACUCCGGAGAAGCCCCGUUCUCCAGAGAAGCCAGCCUCCCCGGUCAAAGAUGAAAAGGCUGUGGUGGAGGAGACCAUCACUGUCACAAAGGUAACAAAAAUUAGUGCAGAGGUAGAGAAGGAGUCCAGGAAAGAAGACAUUGCAGUGAAUGGUGAGGUGGAGGAGAAAAAGGGAGCAGAGGAAUCCAAAGAGAAGGAGGCUGAGGAGGAAGACAAGGGAGUUGUCACCAAUGGCCUAGAUGUGAGCCCAAUUGAUGAUAAGGGUGAGAAAAUUGUAGUAACCAAAAAAGCAGAGAAAAUCACUGAAGGUGGGGACAGUACAACCACAUAUAUCACCAAGUCAGUGACAGUCACUCAGAAGGUAGAGGAACAUGAAGAAAGCUUUGAGGAGAAAUUAGUGUCCACCAAGAAAGUGGAGAAAGUUACUUCACAUGCUGUAGUAAAAGAGAUUAAGGAGACCGAAUAA